UGGCCAAUUAACGAUAUAUGAUGAAAUUGUAGAGUCAACAACGAUGGGGACGGAUUCAACAUCAAUGAGCCCAGCAAUGCGGCACAGAGACACCACAUUGAUUCAUUCGACAGAGACAAUAAAAACAACGGCAACAGAUGCAUCAUCAGUUUAUACCACGGCUUAUCAUGAAGAAGGAAACACAACACUGGCCCAUCCGACAACAUCAACGUCUGUUAAGCAAGAGUCAACAACGGUAACAGAUGCCUCAUCAGCUAUCACGUCGGUGAAUUUCGAAGAAGGGAACACAACCUCAACCCAAUCGGCCACAUCACCGUCUGUUUACCAAGAGUCAACAACGGCAACAAAUGUACCAUCAGUUGUAACCACGGUUCAUCAUGAAGAGGAGAACACAACAUUGACCCAUUCGACUUCAUCACUGUCUGUAAACCAAGAGUCAACAACGGCAACAAAUUCACCAUCAGUUGUAACCACGGUUCAUCAUGAAGAGGAGAACACAACAUUGACCUAUUCGACUACAUCACUGUCUGUAAACCAAGAGUCAACAACGGCAACAAAUGUACCAUCAGUUGUAACCACGGUUCAUCAUGAAGAUGAGAACACAACAUUGACCCAUUCGACUACAUCACUCUCUGUAAACCAAGGGAUGUCCGACUCUUCCCUGUUUGGUGCAAUUAUAGCAUCAUUGUUAUGCACCGCCAUACUUAUCGCAGUGAUUGUGUUUUGUAUAUUGAGGAUAAGAAGAAAAGAGAGACUUUACUCAGAUGAGACAAGCUCUUCUGUGUCAAGCACAUAUCAAAAAGGUCUACAUAAUGGAUUAUAUGAAAACAGAAUCAAUCAAUUUAUUGACAUGGAUCGGGUUGUCGAUCAUGGAUAUAUAAGUACCUCCUCAAGAGAUGAUUUUGUCAUGCAUAUCCCAAAACUAAUACCCACUUAUAACAGUGGCAGUUUAGUAAGAAUAGCACCCGGAACAUUACCAUACCAACUUUUUGACCACGAUAGAACAAGUAGAUAUUCAAAUCAUGAUUCUAACAGAGGAUACGCGUCCGAGUAUGAUUACGAUUUAACCAAUACAAGAACGAAGAAGUACAGAACGCCACAUUCCGAUGGAUAUUUAACAACUUAAGUUAAUAA